CCGACGCGAAAGUUUCGAGCGGAACGGCUAACGGUGAACGGCGAACGGUGAACGGCGAACGACGAGUGACGAACGACGAACGGUUAACGGUCAAAAAGGACGAACGGCGAAAAGGACGAAAGUCGAUUAGUAAACCGCCAUUCCGGGCUGCCCGCCGAUCCUUUAUAACGCCGGCAUUCCACGAGCGAACGAGAGACGACCACCUAAUGCUCAUUGAAAUUUACGAUUAUGCUGCGAAAUUAUUAAACAAUAUGACCGCCAGAGGAGUCAGAGGAGCCAGAGGAGCCAGGCAACCGCCACCACCAGUCGAAACAGCCGAAACACCCGGAAAAACGGGAAAAUCCGCGAAAUCCAAAAAAACCGGAAAAGCUGAAAAAGCCGGAACGGCGAACGGCGAGAGCGUGAAAAGCCAAUCCCCGGGCAAUCAGCUGAGGGCUCUGCUCAACCGCACCCUGUCGAAGGUGGCCGGCGUCAAUCCCGCCCGCCAGCUAAUGAUGCCCAACCUGCCCCUCUCCGCCUUGCUGCUCCAAACGCUCGAGGCGGCGGACAUGGCCCACGGCCAGGACAUCGAUCAUCCGACCCGUGGACCCACUGCCACCACGGAUCCCACAGCGGUCGAUGAGCUGCAGCUGAGCAGUACAGUGUUCCCUGGGAACGCCACCGGGAUUGGUCCGUUGGCGGGUGGCGGAGAGGGGGGAACGGAGGCGUACCUGCCGGCGGGCAACCUCAGCGGUUUCAUCGAAUCCUCGACCACGGCGGUGAUGAGCACACUGCCCACCAGCAGCAUGGCCAGCUUUCAGGCCCAAACGGUGGCCACCUUCAUCGCGGCCACCGGCACCAAGAAUCGCCCAACGACCAUCGUUGUCUACCCAACGGUUUCACCCGAGUCGAUCGUCAUACCGAUCGUGUCGUGCAUCUUCGGCUUCCCGAUCCUGGCGCUGAUCGUGAUCUGCUGCCUGCGGAGGAGGGCCAAGCUGGCCAGGGAGCGGGACAGGAGGCGCAACUACGACAUGCAGGACCAUGCCGUCAGCCUGGUCAGAUUUAGUCCAAUACAUAGGCUUAAUUACCGAUCGUCGCGAGCUAUCAGUCUACGUCCUGAACGAAGUCUAAGCCAGGGCUUCACCUCCCUGGAGCUGGACACUGUGCUGGAGGAGCGAUGCAGCGACGUGGAGCAGACCCAGACGGAGAUGUUCAAUCCGGAGUCGCCGAUGGACACCGCCUCCUACAAGAUGUCCUUCUCCUCGAGCUAACAGUUAGCCAAGCAGCAGCCGGAGCACCCUGCUCCGCCGGCCACCAAUGAGUUGGCUUCAGCUGAGCAGCAAACCGAUUCUCAGGAGCCGACGAAGGUUCCUCCGGUGGCCAAACCAUCGCAGCUUCUGCCUCCACAGCCUCAGCUCCGUAAGACGGCGAGUGUGAGGGAUGAUCCGGCCGCCAAGCGCAGGAGUCGCCUCCAGGAGAUUCGGGCUGCCAGUAGCGGAGGAGGAGGAGGAGAAGGAGCCGCCGCCGCCGCCUUUACCAAAAGGGAAUCCAAACGGGACCGUCGGCGAGGUGCUGCAGCAGGAUCGAGUAGUGCAUCCGGAGGAGGUUCCCCUGCCAUGCGGAAAUCGCACUCCUUGGACGCCGCCGAGAGCUACUCGCUGGCCAGCAUCCAGGCUCCACUCUGGGUAACUCUCACCAACGCCCGCACCAUCGACGAACUGGCUCAGCAGAAGAUGUGAACUCCAUCCCCAGCUGCAUCCACAUCUGCAACAGCAACUCCAUCUCCAUCUCCAUCUGCAACUGCAUCCUUUAGUCCAAUAUCCAUCGCUCGCUUAGCACAAAUCCCACAGAAUCCCCACCCCGCCCACAUAGGAAACCUGUAAAUGUUUAGAUGGAAAUUCGAAUUAAUGUGUAACGCAAAAGAGCUACUUGCAUCAUUAACCAAAGCUAAUGAUUUAAUAAAGUUUAAAAGACCAACAGAAAUAGUAAGA